UUGAUAGGAGAUUCUGGGGUUGGCAAAACCUGUCUUUUAUUUAGAUUUACCGAUGACACAUUUUCUUCCUCGUUUAUUUCUACUAUUGGAAUAGAUUUCAAAAUAAAGACUAUUGAGAUUGAUGGGAAAACUAUUAAAUUACAAAUCUGGGACACAGCCGGACAAGAGCGAUUCCAAACCAUUACCCAAUCAUAUUAUCGCGGUGCGCGCGGCAUAAUGCUAGUAUAUGACAUCACAAAUAGAAGGAGUUAUGAGAAUAUUGAUAAGUGGAUGACUAAUAUACGAAUGCUUGCCUCCUCUGAAGUGGAAACCUUGGUAGUCGGCAAUAAGAGCGACCUGGAAGAGCAGAGGUGUGUUUCCUACGAUGAGGGUGCAGAGCUGGCCGCCAAGCAUAACGUUCCUUUUCUUGAAACUAGUUCAAAAGGAGGCAUUAACGUUGAUGACGCAUUUCGCAAGCUCUCUAGGGCGAUUUUAUGGCAAACACCAAGCAAAGAAACCGAAACGCAGAGUCCUAUAUCUGGACAUCUCCUCAAUCAGUCUUCUACAUUUCCUCUUCCGACAUAUUGCUGUAAACAGUAG